AUGGCGUCAGUCGCGGCUGGGAAGGACCCGGUUGGAGGCGACGAGGGUCGGCCGGCUGGGGGUCUGGAAUCCGCGAAGGAUCGUUCCGACGGUUCGUACAAGUACAAGUUCCACGUUCGGGACAAGGCAGCAGGGAAUUACCAGAGUCGGAUCGAGGAGAAGAAAGGUGACCACGUGGUGGGGAGUUACUCUUAUGUCUUGCCGGAUGGGGCCCAGUACAGCGUGCAUUACGUGGUGGGGCCCAAAACGGGUUUCGUACCCAUCGUUCAAAGGCAGGUUUUCAACCCAGAGCAAGGGGAGGAAGAAGACUUGCUAAAGAGUCAGCGGCUGCAGGUUUCUCCUCAGCUCAGGACGAUUCCGGGCAUCAUUCUUCCGCCAAGAGAUUUCGAUGUCCACGCCAUCCUGCGGGAGAAAGCAGCAAGGGCUGAUGCCAGAAGAAAAGCAGCAGCUGCACGGAGAGCAGAAGAGGCCAGGAAAGCUGAAGGGGCCAGGAGAGCAGAAGAGGCCAGGAAAGCAGAAGAGGCAAGGAGAGCAGAAGAGGCCAGGAAAGUAGAAGAGGAACACAAAGUAGAGGAGGCAAGGAGGAUUGAGGAAGCAAGAAAGGCAGAGGAAGGGAGAAAGGUAGAGGAAGACAGAGAGGUAGAAGAAGAAAAGGCAGUAGAAACAAGAAUGGCAGCAGGAGCAAGAAGAGCUGAAGACAUGAGCAAAGCUGAGAACAACACAGCAGAGUGGGAUAAGGUGGAACCAGAAAGAACAGAAGAUGGGGGAGGAAUCCAAGAAGUCAACCAUGACGACCCAACAGACAAAGACGAUUAUGAAGGAAGAAAGGAGAAGAGGGAGGAAGAAGUUGCAUGGGGAGAAAAACUGAGAGAAGGACCGCUGACCCGUCAAGACACUCCUCUUCCUCUGAGGGAGGGUGACAGAGACAAAAAAUCCCAGCACAAGCAUAUACCCACCACUUACAUUGAGACUGAUCACUACACUGUCAGGUUUUGA